AGCCACACUAAGCGAUCGCUAUGAGACGGAAUGUGAAAGUGUUCGGCCUCAUCUCCAUCACGUGGAUUUUGGUGGUCAUCUACUACUUCCAAGGAGACUACUAUCAUAACGAUGGCAAUCGAGCGCUUCGUUUGCGCAGCAGCAAGGCACAUCACGCGUCAGCGUCCUCGGAUCGCAGCUUCCACGGCGGUACUCACGACGAGCUUACGCAUCGCGACAAUGAACACCUGAGCCAGUCGAAGGACGGGGAAAGUAGCAGCUUGUUGCUCAGCAGCAGCAGCACGAAUGGCCACAACCUCUUGAGUAGCAGUAGCAAUAGCAAUAGCAAUAGCAAUAGUAUAUUUAGUUACAACUCGCCGCCCAUGACGUGGGACUACUUUGACGAAACGAGCUACAUUCAGAAGGGUGGUCUACAGCGCGGUGAGGAUCCGUACUUAAGGAAUCGCUUCAAUCAGCAGGCGAGCGAUGGAUUGAAGAGCAACCGUGAGCUGCCGGACACGCGCAAUGCGAUGUGCCGCCGGUCCAGCUGGUCCGAGCCAUCCAGCAUUGCGCAUCUGCCCGCCACCAGCGUCAUUAUUACGUUCCAUAACGAAGCCCGCAGUACGUUGCUGCGGACGGUGGUCAGCGUGCUGAAUCGUUCGCCAGAGCGUCUAAUCCAUGAAAUCAUCCUGGUGGACGACUAUUCCGACUUUCCCGAAGAUGGUCAGGAGCUGGCCAAGAUCCAGAAGGUGCGACUGAUCAGAAACGCCAAACGCGAAGGUCUGGUACGGUCUCGGGUAACCGGCGCGGCUGCGGCGACCGCCAAGGUGCUCACCUUCCUGGACAGUCACUGCGAAUGCAAUGUGAACUGGCUCGAGCCGCUGCUUGCACGCGUGGCCGAAGAUCCGACGCGCGUCGUCUGUCCGGUGAUCGAUGUGAUCAGCAUGGACACGUUUCAGUACAUCGGUGCGUCGGCCGAUCUGCGCGGUGGGUUCGACUGGAACUUGGUGUUCAAGUGGGAGUACUUGAGCAAUGCCGAGCGGAAGGCACGGCAGCGCGACCCGACCGCACCGAUACGCACGCCGAUGAUCGCUGGCGGGCUGUUCGUGAUCGACAAAGCGUACUUCCAGCGGCUGGGCACCUACGACACGCAGAUGGACAUUUGGGGUGGCGAAAAUCUGGAGAUUAGUUUUCGCGUGUGGCAAUGUGGCGGCUCGCUGGAGAUCAUCCCGUGCAGCCGUGUCGGCCACGUGUUCCGCAAGCGCCAUCCGUACACGUUCCCGGGUGGUGGCAGUGGGAACAUAUUUGCCAAAAAUACGCGCCGCGCUGCCGAAGUGUGGAUGGAUGAGUUCAAGAAGUACUAUUACGCGGCCGUUCCGCUGGCUACGAAUAUUCCCUUCGGAGACAUCGACGAUCGGUUGCAGCUGCGGAGGGAGUUACAGUGCAAACCGUUCCGCUGGUACCUGGAAAAUGUGUACCCUCAGCUUAGUAUACCGGAUCGGCGGAACAACGGAAGCAUACGGCAGGGUGCGUACUGUAUAGACAGUCUUGGUAAUGUUGCUGGGGCCGUCGUGGGUUUGUAUAGCUGCCAUGGCAACGGUGGUAACCAGAACUGGGUGCUCAAUAGAAAGGGCGAACUGAAACAUCAUGAUCUCUGUCUGACGCUGGUCAAGUUCACGAUCAGUGCAAAGUACAACAGUGUGCUGAUGAAAUACUGUGACGAUUCGGAGAACCAACAGUGGCGGCUGAAGGAUGGCGGAUUGAUACAGCACCGGAAGAUCAAUGUCUGUCUCGACUCGCGCCAUAUGAAGGAACGAGGUAUUACGGCGGAACGCUGCAACUCCGCGCUCGACACUCAACAUUGGAAAGUCGUGACCGAGACACAGUGAGAAGCCUAGAAGGGAAAAUGGUAAAGAGAGCGCAAGCUAGUGUUCUUGGAAUGGGAAGGAUUACAUAGGAAUUACGGACCUGGGAAAGGAUUUGUUCUUACGUAGUCGUUACAUCUGGUCCGUUUAUUACCGCCGACAAGACGCCGUGGACAGUCGGUUCGGUAGCACUCAGAUGUGUUCUGUGUUCUCUGUUGUUAUAUACAUACAUUCUAUUCCAAACCCGCAGAAAUUCAACCGUCGAAGGAUCUAUUAGAUAGUAUGAAAUAUGGUAUUGACCACUAUGGAUGGGCAAUGAGCAUGUAGAAAAGCUGUGACACGAUUUCGAUUCCGUAAUCGCAGUAAGCAGUGUAGCAACAACCAAUAGCAACACACACACACACGGCCCAACCAUUCACACAUAAACAUUAAUUACACACCAAUGCAAAUCAAUUUAAGAAAGACAACAAUUUAAUCUCGCUGUAACGAAAAGAAAACGAAAAAGUGCAACAUUUGUAUUGUAUUUCUCCCUUUUUUGUUAUAAAACAAGAAAAGCCUAAGAAGUGAACAGUAAACAUUCAGGAAACGUUUUGUCCUGUAUGCC